AUGAAGAAAGUAGUUGAUCCUGAACAGGUAGUCACCUGUGACAACUGUACUACAGCUAAUGCCACUGGAUACUGCACAAACUGCAGUCAAUUCCUUUGUACAGAAUGCAUCUCUAUGCACAAGAAAUGGGCUCUUUUUGCUAACCAUCAGGUGACAAGUCUUGAUGAGGUGACAGCCUCUGAUGUCUCUUCUACUUCUCAAUUGCUAGCUCCAGCUAAACAGGAGGCACCUCUCAUUUGUCCCAUACCAAGUCAUGAUGAGCCAUUGAAGUAUUACUGUGACACAUGUGAUGAAUCUAUCUGUCGUGAUUGUAUCAUGCUGGCUCAUAAAGAUCACAAGUAUAACCUAAUAGCUGAUAGUUUUACUAAACACAAAGAAGCACUGGAGAAAUCUCUUAAUCCGGUAAAAGGGAAAAUUGAAGGACUCAAGAAG